AUAAGGUACUGCCAGAAACAAGUCGAAUGAUGGUUUCUGCAUAAUAAAAUACGCUAAGCUUUAUACGGUCACCCACCACCAGAUGUCGGCUCCUGUCAACACGAAGUUCCAGCCAGCCUACCACUUCACUUCUGCCCGUUUUCGGACGUUCAUUCCUGUUGAUCUGCCAUGUAGCCCGCUUGGCUCAGGGUCCUUUCGCUCACAGGUCAGGAGUGCACGUUUGGCAGGAGCUCGUCAGUACAGCAGUAAUGUACGUACUGUCACGUUAAUACCAGGAGAUGGUAUUGGACCAGAGAUCUCGGCAGCGGUGCAAAAGAUUUUCUCUUCUGCAGAAGUUCCAAUUGCCUGGGAAGAGGUAGAUGUAACACCUGUUAAAGGACCUGAUGGUAUGUUUGGGAUCCCUCCUGCAGCCAUUGAUUCGGUUAACAGAAAUGGAAUUGGGUUGAAGGGACCGUUAAUGACUCCCGUUGGUAAGGGUCAUCGUUCCCUUAACUUGGCUAUUCGCAAGGAAUUUAAUCUCUAUGCUAAUGUACGUCCGUGCCGAAGUGUCGAAGGUUACGAGACACUCUAUAGAGAUGUGGAUGUUGUGACCAUCCGGGAAAAUACCGAGGGCGAAUAUUCUGGCAUUGAGCAUGAAAUUGUUGAUGGUGUAGUGCAGAGUAUCAAAUUGAUCACCGAACCAGCGUCUCGUCGUGUAGCAGAGUAUGCCUUUAAGUAUGCUCGCAACAAUGGAAGGUCCAAGGUAACAGCAGUCCAUAAAGCAAACAUUAUGCGAAUGUCUGACGGACUCUUUCUGCGUUGUUGCCGGGAAGCAGCCGAGAGAAACCCUGACAUCAAAUUUGAAGAGAAAUAUUUGGACACAGUAUGCCUGAAUAUGGUACAGGAUCCUUCACAGUACGAUGUCCUGGUCAUGCCUAAUUUAUAUGGGGAUAUCCUUUCUGACCUGUGUGCGGGAUUAGUUGGUGGUUUAGGCCUGACUCCAUCUGGCAAUAUUGGGGAGGAUGGUGCAGUCUUUGAGUCUGUUCACGGCACAGCUCCUGAUAUUGCCGGUCAAGACAAAGCAAAUCCAACGGCACUUUUGUUAUCUGCAGUGAUGAUGCUGCGAUUUAUGGAUUUGCAUAAGUAUGCUGCAACUAUUGAACAAGCAUGUUUUGACACGAUAAAAGAGGGUAACUUCCGUACAGGUGAUCUUGGAGGUAAAGCUAAGUGUUCAGAAUUUACCGAUGAAAUUUGUCGCAAGAUUCAGGAAUUGGACAAGUAAGGCUAUUAUUUUUAUUGAUGUUGCAGCAGAAAGUAAUGUAAAAGUAUAUAGAGCUAUAGAACAAGAACUUAGAUUAUAGCAUGAUGUUUUACAACUAAAGUGUUGUAAAGUUAUCACUGUAGUAAAUAUAAAUUGUUGUGAUAUAGUAGUCCCGUGUUCAUUUUUAUUUAAGGUGUACAGUACUUUGUGUAUUUUUGCGUUGGAUUGAGUCAGCUCAUUAAUAAAUAAGUAAACAAAUGAUCUCAUCUUGUUAAAAGCACAAGAUCUUGAAUUUAUUGGUGUUGCCAGUUAAAUUGUGAAGUAUUGUCUUAGUAAAACAAGUGGAAGGAUGGUCUAGUGUGAGGCUCUGCUGUAAUCAUAGCGGUUGUCGCUAGAAUGGUUAAUACAUAGCUUAAGAAUUCCAUUGACCAAUUUCAAAAUGUGUAAGUUGACUACCUAAAUAUGUUAAAAUGUAUAUAGUUUUAAAUAGAACUUGUUACAUGUACAGAAAUAAAGAAUUUAAAAUGA